AUUCUCCCUCUAUCACCCUUCUCCUGCUGGCGGUAUUUUUUUUUUCCCCCUGACGGUAUUAUCGCUGAGCGGCCGUUUCCUUUCUCUCUUUUAUUCCUUCCUUCUUUCUUUUUUUCAUUCUUGUUAAUAUAUACCACGAGCCGGGCUCCUCCACCUCCACCCUCCUUAUGAAGUUCACCCUCAUAACUGCUGGCCUGUUUACCGCUUCUUCUAUCCUUACAACGGGCGCAAGCCCGCACAACCGCCGACGCGGACAAUCAGAAUGUGGAAUUGGCCUCUACGGCGGGACCGUCAGCGAGAUACCCGAGGUUUCAAAACCGCCCAAUAGAAGUGACGACAACGACGGAGCGGGUAUGUCGGACGGCUCUCGCGCUUUAUACAACGCCGGGGUGGAAACACCCACGGCGACUACUGCCACUGAUACCCCUGCGGCUACGCCUAUCGUUAUAAAGCGGGAGGUGCAGCACCUAGGGGGUAGCCAUCGUGGGCAUGGAAUGGUGGUAACUCACUCAGAGGAGGGGGAGGAGGAGAGAGAGGUGGAUAUGCUGGUUUCGCUACUCAAUCAUUCUUUCGAGCACGAGCAUUUACGGAUUGGCGGGGAGUGCUCUCCAAAGCAGAAGAAGGGGUGCGCAGGGAAUAGUCUUGUUGAGUGCGGGAGUGAGGGGGUUUGGGAGCUUGUUACGGAUUGCGAGGUUCCUGGAUUGGAUCUUGUGUGUCGGGCUGUGAGGGAGCGGGAUAUCUGGAAGGGGGGUUGGGCGGCCAACGUUAUUUGUUUAGAGAGGUGAGGAUCCUAAUGUGGAUUUUCUUCUUCUUUUCUUUCCAGAUAGUCGAAGAGUGCUGACUGGUGGUUAGUGAUCUCGUGGAGUAGGGGAGGCUUUCGCUGUUUGGAUGGGGAGGGGAAUGGUAGUGGAUCACAUUCUAUCACUCCAUAGUGACAGAUGUCUCAUACAGGCCUCAUAUUCUGUUGUGUGUAUAUUUACUACCAGUUAUUCUUGGAAGGAUACUAUACAAUAAUGGCAGUUUGGGAAAAGCGAGAUCAGGAUUACCAACCGGUCUUAAUCGCUGAUGUGGUACCAGUAGAGCAUCAUUCUUAGAGGGCCUACCCUUCCAACUCACACUAUGAAUGAUUCUACAG